GAGGAGUCUGGCCAGUCGGUGAACUGACUAAUCAGAACCAUCUGUCUCCGCCGAGGCCCCUAUUUUGCAUUGUUUAGCAUACGCUGAAGAUGAAGAGCUCAUUUCUUACAUUCCUCCUGCAAUUGGUCUAAUGCAGAACUCCAGGCCGGGGCUAAGCUGAACCAGGUGGCACCCCCAGAGCUCAGUCCAGUGUGAACGGGGCCGACGGAGGAGACAUCACCCUCUGCUCCCACAACCACAGACAGAGGAGAGAGGAACCCGCGGCGGACAACAACCCUCAUCAUGCUCAGGAUAUUGGCCCUAAUCACACUCGGUCUCUUCCUCCCAGGCACGACGCAUGGACAGCGCCAGUGCAGUAAUGGCUUCGAGAUGGACAGAGUGAGUGGCGAGUGUUUAGACAUAGAUGAAUGUCGGAUCAUCGCGGACGCCUGCCGGGGGGAUAUGAUGUGUGUGAAUCAAAAUGGAGGCUACCUCUGUAUUCCCAGGACAAACACAGUAUACAGGUCACCCUUCCGAAACCCCUAUCUUCCUGCUGCUGCCUCCCCACUGGCUCCGCCUCUCACAGCAUCCAGCUUUCCAUCACCGCCAAGACCGCUUAUCUGUCGCUUUGGGUACCAGAUGGAUGAGAACAGUCAGUGUGUUGAUGUGGAUGAGUGUGUGAGCGACUCCCACCACUGCAACCCCACUCAGCUGUGUAUAAACACGGAGGGGGGCUACACCUGCUCCUGCCUGGAGGGAUACUGGUUACUGGAGGGACAGUGUCUGGACAUAGACGAAUGCCGCUACGGAUACUGCCAGCAACUAUGCGCCAACGUGCCAGGAUCCUAUUCUUGCACUUGUAACCCGGGGUUUGUGCUGAAUUCAGAUGAAAGGUCGUGCCAAGACGUGGAUGAAUGCACCACGGAGAACCCCUGCGUUCAGAGCUGCGUGAACACAUACGGAUCCUAUCUGUGCCGCUGUGAUCCGGGCUACGAGCUGGAAGAGGACGGCGUCAGCUGCAACGACAUGGACGAGUGCAGCGUCUCCGAAUUCCUCUGUCAGCAUGAAUGUGUCAAUCAGCCCGGAUCUUACUACUGCAGCUGCCCGCCGGGGUACUCCCUGCUGGAUGACGCCAGAACAUGUCAGGACAUUGACGAGUGCGACACGAGGAACAACACCUGCACCGGGCAGCAGACCUGCUUCAAUAUCCCGGGAGGCUAUCACUGCUUAGAUCCUGUGCGCUGCGACGAGCCGUACAUCCAGCUCCAAGACAGCCGGUGUAUGUGUCCCGUGGAGAACCCAACGUGCCGGGACCAGCCCUUCACCAUCGUCCACAGACACAUGGACAUCGUGUCUAACAGCAGAGUCCCCGCGGACAUCUUCCAGAUGCAGGCGACCAGCCGCUACCCCGGAGUCUACUACAUCUUCCAGAUCAAAUCCGGAAAUGAGGGCAGAGAAUUCUACAUGAGGCAAACUGGACCCAUUAGCGCCACCCUGGUGAUGACCCGACCCAUCAAGGGGCCCCGCGACCUGACCCUGGACCUGGAGAUGGUAUCUGUGAACACUGUGGUGAACUUCCGAGGCAGCUCCAUCAUCCGGCUGAGGAUAUUUGUUUCUCCGCACUCCUUCUGAGCCAACACGUCGUCAUCAUCGUCAUCGUCAUCAUCAUCAUCAUCGUCGUCGUCGUCGUGUAGCAGUAUCUCCCCCUCCUCCAUCCCUGAUGCACAGGCCUUUGUGAACGCUCCCCUAUAGAUCCGCUCCUGUACAUCACCCAGGGUAACGCAGACCGGCCUAGGCCGGGAAAUUGUUCCAAUUUGAAAAAAAAUUAAAUAAAAAUCCGGGGCCACAAUAAUUUGCAGUUAUCAUUUUGCGCACAUCUGCGCCUUAUACGUUGGUCGCGAUCUUUGCAUCAUGGUAAAUAGCGCGGCCCGGGCUCUGCUGCAUCAGGGGAAGGGGAUUUAUUUAAGCAAAUAUACAUUUUGAAUGUUUUUGUUUACUUGGAUAAAGAAAAUGUAAUUUUAACGUUUUGGAUUUUUUUAUUUUAAU